AUGGCUGCCCUUUUCUUCCACAAGAGCCUUGUUGUGAACAACAAGGACAAUGAUGAGCUGGAGCUGGAACGGGAGCUCACCCGAACAUUAGAGAACAAAGUAAUGCUCCUCUAUUUUGGCUCUGGUGAAUGUCCUCGAUGCCAAGAGUUUGCGCCCAUCCUGAAAGAAUUUUUUGUGAAACUGACAGACGAGUUUUAUAUGGAGCGAGCAGCUCAACUAGUUCUCAUCUAUGUGUCGCUGGACAACACAGAGGAGAAGCAAGAUAAGUUUCUGAAGAAAAUGCCAAAGCGAUGGCUGUUUUUACCUUUCCAGGAUGAGUUCAAAAAGGAGCUGACAUUAAGAUUUUCAGUGACCCAUCCCCCUGCGGUGGUAGUUUUGAAACCAAAUGGUGAAGUCAUUGCCCACAAUGCUGUGGAAGAAAUCAAAGAGCAAGGCACAGAUUGCUUCAAGAACUGGCAAGAGGCAGCUGACUUAGUGGACAGGAACUUCCUUUUAUCUCAGGACUCUGAGGACAUGACCCUGAAAAGUAUCACUGAUCCCAUUCGGAGGUUCAAGUACAAACUGGUUAAGAACAAAAGAAGAAGAAGCAAAGAUGGUGAUAAAGGUGAAGUCUCCUGAGGAGAUGUUCCUUCUUGGAACUUCAGGUUGGUGAAUGUGAGUGUCCCCAAAACAUCACCUAUGAACAUUAGAUAUCUACAACCACACUGUGGUUGGACGCAGACAUUGUUAAUUGCAGAUGUACUUCGAGACUUGGAAAAUCUAGAAUAUUUUUUUUCUAAAAGAAAAUGUGCAGCUAUGAAAUUAUUCGUUAUCUAUAUAGUGUUUAUUGUAAUUGGAACCUGGAAUGAAUGUCAUAAUGCACUCAAUAGGGCUGUGAACACUUUGAAAAACAUUCUGAAGAGCUGCAGACCUCAAAACCACACAAUCUCUUUUUUCACACUUUCUGAUGAGCCUAAAAAAAAAAUUUGUCUGUUUGAAAGGGUGAAAUGAUUAAAGACCCAGUAAUCCUUAAAGACCUUUUUUUUAUAUGCUUUAAGGGCUUAGGCUGAAAUGACUGGAUGUUUUAAUGAACAGCAGAAGUGCUGUGCUCACACUUGCCUCAGAUCUAAAUCAUUUCUUCCAAAUACACUUAUUUUACAAGCAUGCCUAGCUCUAGGAGACCAUGGGGCUGCACUGAGCUUUCCUUCCUGGAAUGACAACACAAACCACGCAAGAUAAGAGUGAAAAUAGCUUUGUUUGCAUACUUUAUCAUAAAACACUUUCCGAGCAGAUCUCCCUUCUGACAGAACCCAUCAGCAUUUUGUUGUCUGCAGCAGCUCAUUUAAUUACAUGAGGGGAAGGGGGAGACCCUUGUUACCAACUCUCAGCAUUUCUUUUGAUUUUCUGGCAUCAAACAUUAUCCUCUGGCCAGGGUCAGAGUUCCUCAGGUGAUAUUCUUCCUACUAAGCAGUUGUUCUUGGGCAAGCUGCCACCAACUCUUUUAGCAGGAGAGGAAGUUUUUCUUCCCAGCUGAACCAAGAAGUCUCUUGUCUGUUUUAAGUCUCAGGUU